GCUUCGCAGCCCACAGUUUCCAUUGCAGGCUGAGCCAGGCUCUUGUUGUCAAGGCAGGUGGAGUGUGGCGGGCGAAGGAACGCCUGUUGCUGGCUGCCAGAGAGCCAGGGCAAGGCGGCGUGGAAGGAGGCGAGGGAGGGGAGGCUGCCGCUUCUUGCCAAGCCAGGCAAAUCUGGCCUGGAGUUUGUGGACGUCGCGUCGCAGGAAGGAACCGGCCCUGAGGGAAAGUCAGCAGCAGCAGCUGCAUCUUCUUUCUGCGGAUGUCCCUACCGAGUCCUGCAUGGUCCCAGAGAGAGAAGGCUCCAUGCAUUUCUACUCUACCUGCUUCUUCUUCAGACAGUGAUUCUGGCUGCGCCCUGGAAGAUUACGUAGGACUUGGUACAGAAAUUCCCCCAGCAGAGGUGUCAAUACACUUUGAGUCUCAAUCACUGAAUGCAGUCCCUGCUACCAUUUCAAAUCAGUUCCACAUAAAAGCUCUCCUUCAGCAACUGCCACCACAAGACUGCGAUGAGAAAUACUGUCCAUCCAUUGGUGAAGAGGAGAGGGAGCAGCUGCGAACAUUUGCUGCACAGAGGCGGCAGAUCUCGCUGGGCCAGGGUGUUACAUACUUGGUAUCUUCUACAACCCAUGGGUGUUUCUGCAAAAAGUGUGGUAAGAAGAUAAGCAUAGGUGAACAGGGCGUCUUAGCAUCCAAAUUGGGAGAUCACUGCUGCUGGCAUCCAGCCUGCUUUGUCUGUCACAUCUGUCUUCAGCCACUUGUGGAUCUCAUCUACUUCCAUCGGAAUGGGAAGAUCUACUGCGGACGACAUCAUGCAGAAUUCUUCCGUCCACGGUGUGCUUCGUGUGAUCAGCUGAUCUUCACCAUGGAGUGCAUGGAGGCUGAAGGGCUGUGCUGGCAUGAAGAGCACUUCUGUUGCCUGGAGUGUGACUUGCCCCUGGGGACACGGCGGUAUGUCAUGAAGAGCGACCAACCCUAUUGCUGUGCCUGUUUUGAGAGUCUCUACGCGGAUGUCUGUCAAGCCUGUGGAGAGAUUAUCGGUGUUGACAGUGAACAGGCCAGCCUCCAAGGCCAGCACUGGCAUGCCAAAGGUUCCUGCUUCUACUGCAACCUUUGCAAGAAAGCAUUACUAGGCCAGCUGAUCACAACUCGCCAUGGCCUUCUAUUUUGUUCUGAAGCCUGCAGCUUGGAGAAGGAGUCAGCACUAUCAUCUACAGGCUCUGAUUCCUCAGACUCUGCUUUCAUCUCAGCUCCUUCCCCUGACUCCACACCCAUAUCUAGAGCCAAAAACAGAAGCCCAUGUCGCUCCUUUGCAGCUGCAAGAACCAACAAUGAUGCAUGUGAGCAAAUGGCAGAAGUAACAGAAAGGCUACAUACAUCUGGGAAUUCCUCAUCCCUCAUUCCAGAGUUCACCAGCCAGGAGGAGGAAGUUGUUUUCAGGAACAAAUCAGUUUCUCCUCAGCUUUAUGAACUUGAACCACAAGCUGAUUCUCCACAUCCUAUAGAAGCAGAACAGAGCUCCAUCCAAGAAGACACUGUCUCACAAGCAUCCUGGCAACAGGCUGGAGAUCACCACUCUAAAAGCUGUCUCUCCACACCCUUGGAUGCAUCAGUACUGAUCAUGGACUUUUCAGAGGGGCUGCGCACUGAUGAGCUGGAACCUGUGCAGGAAGAUGAUGCUUGGUGCCCUAGUUGUUCAUCCUCUUCUGAUUCUGACUCUGAGCCAGAAGGCUUCUUUUUUGGGACACCAAUCCCAAAGCCUGGGUCCAGGCAUCUUGCUCUCCCCACUAGGGAGCAGCAGGUACUUGGUAAAGGAGGAAGACAGGCAGCCAGAGCACGAACAAGCAGCAAACACUGCAGUAUCUCCUAGCUCUUGAGGGAAGCUACCAGGAACUUGGAAAGAGUCAGGCAAAAGAAGAAAAGAGGGUAGCAUCACAAGCAGACAUUUACGUAGCAAGGUGCAAAUAAAUAAGGAGAAAAAGCCCUCUUCCUGCAAGUGCAAAGUGAGAGAUUUAGCAAGUUCAGACUAGAGGACUCAGGAAGGAAAGGUGGUGUUUGUAUGUGUGUGCUUAAACAGCAGGCUUUGGAAGCAGGACAUUCUGGGAUGCACAGGCUGUAUUUCCAUAAUUUGUUCAAGCUGUUUACUUCAGAGUUUUGAAACAACUCCACCCCUUAGACCAGGGGUGGCCAAGGGUAGCUCUCCAGAUGUUUUUUGCCUACAGCUCCUAUCAGCCCUAGCCAUUGGCCAUGCUGGCUGGGGCUGAUGGGAGCUGUAGGCAAAAAACAUCUGGAGAGCUACCGUUGGCCACCCCUGCCUUAGACAGUUUUUUGAAAAUGCACAACCGAGUCUACUGCCAUGUUGCUUGCUUUCUGUAGUGCACCUUUUGGCAUAAUUUUAAGAACAGUUAGAACAAGCUAACUAGGGAGGGAAAAACAGAUCCAAGUGGGCAGCCAUGUUGGUCUGAAGCAGAAGAACAAAGUAGGAGUCAAUUGCACCUUUAAGACCAAAAAAGUUUUAUUCAGAACGUAAGCUUUCGUAUGCAGGCAUACUUCUUCAGAUGAGGGGAUAAGGUACAGUGGGCUGAAAUACAUGUAGCUGGUGGGUUAAGAGUGCAAACUGAUACGACAUGAAUAUAUACCCCUCACACUAAUGUGGGAAGAGAAGGGACAUUUAUUUGAAAGCCAGAGGUUUAUCAGCUUGUCCAGUAAGGCUCAGUAUUUUGUUGAAGUAUGAAUACCUGCAGAGGCUAGGGAAUGGAACCUGGAAAUCUUUGAGCCCAGUCAACACUGUAGCUUUUUUAUUUUUGCACCUACCAAAGUUGCCGCUUUGACUGGAAGUUCUCUGCUGCUCCCUGCUGGUAGCUGCAGGUGUUUUUUGAAGUAGCGUGGUGCUAUAUUAAAUUCUGCCAGGAGAUAAUGGAGUCUAAUGUAAUUCCAAUACUUCCAAAGUCAUGAACCUUACUUUGUAGUUUCUCGGUUUGCUUUUACUCUGUAUAUAUAUCCACCUGUCACAUAUACAUAUGACUUUAAAUCUAGUCCUUACAAUCUUUCUGGAUUCCAUACCACAGUCAGUUUUUCUUUCCUCUAUAAUCCCUGACACAAUUUAACUUGAGAAACCAGGAGCAGAUUCUGCACAGGUGUGCCAUUCUAUCCUGCUGUAUGAUUCCAAGUCUAUCCAAUUUAAGUUCCCUAGUGGGAUACCUCACUUCAGACAGAUUCCACCCAUGGUCAACCUUGAACAAUAUUAAUUUUAAGUAUUUGGUUCUAAGAGACAAGGCCAAAGGUCUAUAUAGCACUAGACAACAAACAGCAAUCUACAGUUCCAGCUUAACACAUAGCUAAAAUUUGUAGAGGCUCACUGAAAACAAUGGCAGAUCUAUAUGGCCAGGCCAUUAUGCAAACCCUCUUGAAAUAUCAAUGCAUAAUACACACUUCAGUGUAGAGAAUGUAAAAUUAAAUUAUCUCCCUACCUGUACCCUUUCCCUUAAUAUUCUGUAUAAACUCUCAGCCUCUUGGAAGUUUCCUUGUUUACUACCACUUCAGCUCCCUAAUUUAUUCAAAAGAAAUAGUUUAAUGAUGCCCCAAUUUCCUUAUAUGAGUGUUUGACUUGGCAGCCUUAAAAGGAUGCUAAAAUAUUAUUACACAAUUGUAUCUAUAAUUGUCACAGCUUUUAUCUAUAAUAGAUCACUUAAUACAGGGGAGGCAUGCUUACAAAUAAAGGCAGCUCCAAGAGA